AUGGUCUCCCACGGCAAUUAUAAGGUGCAGAAGGUCACCUACCCAUCCAACGGGGAGACAAUCGCCGGCAUUCUCUACAAGCCAACCAAUGUCAGCAACCCCCCCGGCGUCGUCCUUCUCGGGCCGUAUUCCUUCAUCAAAGAGCAGGCGCCCUUGCAGUACGCCACACGACUUGCCGACGAGGGCUACGCCGCCCUGAUCUUCGACCCUCGGACCGUCGGCGAGAGCACCGGACAGCCGCGCCGGCUGGAGAAUCCCAAAAUGAAAAACGAAGACGUGGUAGCCGGACUGGACUAUCUCCAAAGCCUGCCAGACGUUGACAGCAACCGACUGUUCCUGGUCGGCAUCUGCCAGGGCGGCCCGGAAUGCCUCGACAUUGCCUCCUACGACCAGCGAGUUCGCGGCGUCGCCUCCGUAACAGGCUACUACCGGGACCGCGAAACCGACAUUUGGAUGAUUUGCUCGGGCUGUGUCAACCCCGAGCCCGGCGUAGACGUGGGCUCGAUGAAGAUGCCCACCCAGGAACAGGGCGAGGCCCUCUACAAGGCCAGGCUGGAACGGGCCCGGAAAGCCCGCGAGUUGUACGACAAGACGGGCGAGGUCGUGUACCAGCCGCUGGUCGACCCGAAGGCCGCCGAUCCGGAGGUCGGUUCGCUCGCUGGGCUGCCGGGCCCGGUUGCCUGGUCGUGGUACGGCCCGUGGACUCUCAAGAACUUUGACAACCGGUACGCCGUCAUGAGUGACGUCGAUCACUUUGGCUAUAGUACCGUGGACGGGGUGGCCAAGCUCACAAAGCCUGCGUUGAUUAUUCACGGAGAUAACUGCAUGAACGCGGCGUCUGCGAAGCGCCACUAUGACUCUAUCCCCACGAAGAACAAGAAGCUCGUUUGGGACAAUGGCGUGUCUCAUUUCCAGCAUUAUGAGCAGCCGGACAUUGUCGAUCACAAUGUGGCGGAAAUUGCGGCCUGGUUUGCUGGCGUGAACUGA